AUGCCGUCCAUUGAGCACCCCACCAUCCAAGAUGGCUGGUUCCGCGAGAUCUCCAACAUGUGGCCUGGCCAGGCUAUGACCCUCAAGGUCAAGGAGGUACUCCACCACGAGAAGAGCAAGUACCAGGACGUCCUCAUCUUCGAAUCGACCGACUACGGCACCGUCCUCGUUCUUGACAACGUCAUCCAAUGCACCGAGCGCGAUGAGUUCUCAUACCAGGAAAUGAUCACCCAUCUUGCCAUGAACGCCCACCCCAACCCUGAGAAGGUCUUGGUCAUCGGCGGUGGUGACGGUGGUGUGCUUCGUGAGGUUGUCAAGCACGACUGCGUGAAGGAGGCCGUCCUUUGCGACAUCGAUGAAGCCGUCAUUCGUCUCUCCAAGCAGUACCUCCCUGGCAUGUCGGUCGGCUUCGACCACCCCAAGACCACCACAAUCGUUGGCGACGGCUUCAAGUUCCUCGAGGACAAGAAGGGCGAAUUCGACGUUAUCAUCACUGAUUCUAGUGAUCCAGAGGGCCCUGCGGAAGCUCUCUUCCAGAAGGCCUACUUCGAGCUUCUCAAUGGCGCCCUCCGUGAAGGUGGUGUCAUUACCACGCAAGGUUCUGAGAACCAGUGGCUUCACUUGUCACUCAUCGCCAACCUCAAGAAGUCGUGCAAGGAGGUCUUCCCCAGCGUCGAAUACGCCUACACCACAAUCCCUACCUAUCCCUCCGGCCAGAUUGGCUUCAUGGUUUGCAGCAAGGACGCCAACCGCAACCUGAAGAAGCCACUCCGCAGCUGGUCUGCCGAGGAGGAGGAGCAGCUGUGCAGGUACUACAGCAAGGAGAUCCACGAGGCCUCUUUCGUGCUGCCCACCUUCGCCCGCAAGGCGCUCAGAUGA